GCUCCCCGCCGCGGCUCCGCUGCGGUGCUUGUGGCGCUGCCCGGGGCCGCUCCCCCUCCGCUCGGGCCCGGCGGCGCCUGCUGGGUGCGGCGCGGCCAUGGCGGGGCUGGAGCCGCUGUACGCCUGGGCGCUGCCGGCCGUGUCCCGCCCGCAGGACGCGCUGCUCUGCGCCGUGCACUGGGAGCUGGUCCGGCAUGGCUACCGCUGCCUCGGCGCUGGCGACCAGCCAGGUCCUGAUGAAAGGAAGUCAGAGCUGCUGCCUGCUGGCUGGGAAGCCAACAAGGAGGUGUAUACACUGCGCUACAAGUCCCUGGAUGAUGCCCGUGAGCUGCUGCUGAAGGCCAUCACAGUGGAAGACAGCAUGAUCCUCAACGUCAUGGACCGCAGCUCUCAGAAGGUGGCAGAUGUGACCUUGACAGUGGCUGACUACAUCCACCCAGAGCACCUGGAUGAUUUCCACAAGGUGUACAGGAACACCGAGGAGCUGAGGACAAGGAUCGCUUCGGGCAUCAUUGCUCCUCUUGGGGCCCCCUCAGAGAAGGCCAAAAAGGAGCCAGAGGCUGAGAGGAAGGAUCCUGACUUGCUCCAGGAUUCCGACCCCCUGCGGCUCCCUCCGCGGCAGCCAGCGGGCCCGAGGGCACCCACCUGGCCUUCCCCCUUGAGCCCCUUUGCUGUUGGUGGGGAAGACCUGGACCCAUUUGGAGGCAGGAGUGGGGGAAUGAUUGUGGAUCCUCUCCACUCUGGCUUCCCACGGCCUGGCAUUGACCCAUCCUCGGGCAUCCCAGGCCGGCUGCCCCGGGGAGCUGUUCCACCAGGUGCCAGAUUUGACCCCUUUGGCCCGCUGGGAGCUGGUAGAUCUGGGCCAGAUCCUGACCACCUUCCCCCUCCGGGCUACGAUGACAUGUUCAUGUGAGAGCCACCGCGGGGCUGAUGGCUCCUGGGAAGCAGAAGCCCUUCCCCCUCCUCAGUCCCAGCUCGGUGGACUUGGAUCUCCUCGGCAGCAUUUUCUUUUCUCCCCACUUGGGGCCAGCUCUCUGUGCCAGACCAGCUAUAAAGGCUUCCCUGUGUGGAGGAGGAGGAGGAGGAGGCAGGAGGUCUCUUUCUUUCCGUGCUUCUCUGAGGGUCCCCAGCUGUUAGCACUCCGCUGAAGUGCUCCUGCCCUCGUGUGGGGUACAGCCUGGCCUGGGUGCUGUGGGCUUUCCUCCUCUUGCUUCUUUGGGGUGGCACUGCUUUGGCUGCUGGCUUGGUUGGUUGUGGUGGUAAAGCUGCAGAAAUCCUGCCCUGGGGGCAGCUGCAGCAUCCCCUCCUUCUCCCCAGGGCUCCUGCUUGUCCCCUCCACCGUGUUCAGAGGAGCUGGUUUUGAGCCAAGGUCUGGCUCUUGGGGCUUGUGAUCCCCCAGCCCUGGGGGGGUUUGUGGUUGAAGCUGAGGAUGGAGCUGGCCUCUUGCUGCUCCUGUGCUGGGGAGCUGCAGUAAGCACCAGAGGCCACAGGCAGAGCAGGGUCCCCGUGCAGGGAUGGCUUCUGCUCUUCACCCCAGUGCAGGGCUGAUCGGCAGGAAGGGCUGAGAGGUCCAUCCCACAGGGUCUCAGCAGACCCUUGGCAUCAUCUGAGAUCAGCUGUCCUCGUGGCUGUGCCCACUGGCACCACCAGCAAAGCUUUGAGAAGGGGCAGAGUUUGAAUUCCUGCCCCACCUUGCCCCCUCUGCCCCCCUGCAGCUGUGUUUUCCAUUCCUGGGGGGGCACACAAAGCCCUGGAAGCAGGCAGUGAGUGAGGGUUGGGAUAGGAGGGAGGGUGCUGGGUACCUGCCUGACCUGCCAGCCCCCAGCAUUUGCUCUCCUGGCAUAGCACAGCUGAGCCUGGCACCGAGCUGGAGCCCUCCUGGGGGAUUUGCUUUGCUCUUGGAGCAUUUUCCUCCCAGCAGUCAGGUUGCAGAGGUGGCUCUGCCUGGCUGAAUCCUAUGAGACACCUCUAGGUGGAGAGUGGGUGAGAUCAGUGGGGCUGAAACCUCCUUCCCAGGACACUUGUUCUGGGCCUGCAGCUCUUCUGCCCUGUCAGAGCUUCCUGGGUUGUGGUUUUUUUCUUCUCAUGGUUUGAUUUAUUUUUUGGGGGAAGGAUUUUCAGGAGACUGAAAUAAAAACCUGAGAGCA